AUGGAAAUUUAUUCAACACAUAAUCGUUUUGGUGAAACACCAUCAUCACAAACAACAUUAACAAUACCGGCUUCAAAUGAUCAACAACAAAAUAAUCAAACAACAUCAUCAUCAUCGGCACCAUCAUCACCAACAAAAUCACCAAUUGGAUUUCAAGAUUUUAUUAAUAAAGAUGGUGGUACAAGUGGUGGUGGUGGAAAACGUACGGUAAAAUUUCCUGAAGAUCAUUCUAUUGUUACCGGUUAUCAUGAAGCACCCGAUCCAUUUGCAACGGCUGAUCAAGAAGAAGAUGAUCAAGAUUUGGAUACAAUUAUUGAUGCAUUUAAAGAUGCAUGUGCCAAACAAAAUAUCGAACCAAUACCAAGUGUUUUGGAACAAAUCAAGAAUUUCAAAUCGAUUCGUGUACGGGCACAGGAUCUAAUUCUUCGUGGACAAAAAUUGGAUCCACAUCAAUGUGAAGUAUUGGAAGAAAUAUUUAAACGUGUUCUUUUCCGUUUGAUUGAUCUUGAUUCAUGUGAUCUUGAUUGUGACGGUGCUUCGGCUUUAUUCGAUAUGAUUGAAUUUUAUGAAUCAGCAUCACAUUUAUCGAUUGCAAAUAAUAAAUCUAUUGGUAUUAUUGGUUGGCAAGCAUUAUGUCGUACAUUGAAAAAGACAUCAUGUUUACAAUAUUUAGAUUUAAGCAAUACUGGUUUAAAUGAACAAAUAUUAUUAUUUAUGGGUCGUACUAUACGUGUUGGUUCACAUUUAGUAACAUUACAUUUAGAGAAUGCCAAUCUUUCUGGUAGACGUUUGGCAAUAUUGGUAUCAUCAAUAAAAUUCAAUACAAGUUUACGUGAAUUAUAUUUGGGUGAAAAUAAAAUCAGUUCAGCUGAUUGUGUACAAAUUGGUAAUCUAUUACGUGGAAAUAGUAUCUUAAAUGUAUUAGAUUUAAGAAAUAAUUUCAUACAAGAUACUGGUCUGGAUCAUAUUUGUGAAGGUUUACAACAUCAACCAUUAUCAGCACCAUCAACAUCAAUGUUUAGCCUAUUUGAUCCAUCCAAAUCAUUAUCACCUAAUUUAAUGUCACAAAAUGCUGGUAUUUUAAUAUUAAAUUUAAGUAAUAAUCAAUUAACAAAUCGUGCUAUGAAUCGAUUAUCACAAACAUUGUCACAAUGUCGAUCAUUAAUUGGCCUGGAUUUAUCAUAUAAUUCAUUAGGUGAUGAAGGUAUUUUAAUCCUAAAAGAAGGUCUAUUACAAUCAAAAACAUUAAAAUAUUUAAAUUUAUCAUCAACAUUUAUCAGUAAUGAAGGUGCCAUAAUUAUUGCUGAUAUUUUACGUAACAGUAAAAACCUGACAAUAAUCGAUCUAAGUUUGAAUGAUGUUGAUUUGGAUGGUGUUAUUGCCAUACGUGAUUCGCUUAGAUUGAAUAAACAACAUCAUUUAACUAGAUUAAUUUAUCAACCACAAAAUAAUAAUCAACAUUUACAAAAUAAUAUUAAACAAUUAUUCGAUGAAAUUGAUAGCUAUUUAAAUGAACAUCAUCAUUGUCGUCAUAAUGAACCGAUUGAUGAAUUUGAUUCAAUUUUAAAUGGUUUUUUACGUAGUGAUAUUUCUGUUUAUCAAGAAAUUGAAAUUGAUCUUGAUGAAAAUAAAGAAAAUGAUAAUAAUAAUAAUGAUAAUUUCUAUACCUGUGAUACAACAACAACAACGGCAACUAAUGUUAAUGAUGAUAAUGAUAAUGAUAAUGAUUCUGGUAGUAAAAAAGCAUUUUUAUCACGAACAUCAAGUCUUGGUUCAUGGGAACGACCAGUAAAAUCUGGUCGUUUUAGUGUUUCACCAGUUGAUAAGGAAAAUGAUCAAACAAAUUCUUCCACAUCUAAUACAACUUCCAUACAAAUAAAAAUUGAACAAGAUCAAAGUGAAAAUUCAAUGUUAAACAAUCGACAACAGCAGCCGACAAUAUUGGAAAAUAGUUCAGAUGAUAAUGAAGAUGGUUCAGAUUUAUCUGAACAAGAAACAGAUAUGUUACCAGAAUUACCAACAUGUUUUAUGAAAAAUAAAAAUCGUCUAUUGCAACCACCAUCAACAAAAUCAAGAUCAUUUCGACGAAUGAGUUCACCUGCAAUAUCGGUUGCCGGCUUAGUUAAACCUCCAAAACCUAAACAUAAUCUGACAUUAAAAUUAUCCGGUAAUUUAGAAAGUCUUGAUCUCAAAAGUUCAUUGCCUUUAUCACCAACAUUUUUUGCCAAAUUUGAUUUUUCCGAUAUAUCAUUAUUACGUUUACCGGCCGAUGUUGAAGAAAUUGUUUCAAAUAUUGAUUAUUCAAUAACCGAUGAUAUUAUUGAACAAUUUGAAAAAUUUUAUUAUGAAAAACCGUCCAAACAUACAAAACAACAACAACAACAACAACCACAAUGCGUAUGCUGAAUGAGAGAAAAACAAACAAACAUUUUCAACAAAAAAAAACACAUUAAUUUUUCAAGAAUAUCACAUUAUUCUUCCUAUUAUUUUGCUUACUUGCUUCCAAUUCUCUUCUCUCUCUCUCCCGCUCAAAAUAUUCAAUUCUUUUCGUUUUUGAUGAGAAAAAAUAUCGCGUGGGUGUUUCGUUACCCAAAAUGGUAAUCACUGAUAAACA